AUGGGCCUCUUUUCUCGCAUCUUUUGCUGCAGCAAGAGUGAAGUGAAUUCUGAGUGCAGCAGCCUGCGCCAGGAGAGUCUCGACGUACUGCAGCUUCAGCCGCAGCUGCCUACGCCGUCUCAUGCCCUUGAUCAGUGGACGUUUCCCUCCUCUCGUAGCGGCUUAUUGCGUAGCAGCAACGGCACUAGCGCAAACAACAGCAUCAACAACAGCACUGGCUCAAACAACAGCAUCAACAGCAGCACUGGCUCAAACAACAACAUCAACAACAACUGCACUAGCACAAACAACAACAUCGUCCGGCGGUUCUCCAAGCUCAUGGCUCACGGAGCAGCGUUCCCAGCCGAGGCUGCGCUUAGCGGGAGUCGCAGCAGCGGGGUAGGCGCUGGGAGUGGCGUUAGCAGCGCCUUUCCCCCUACUCGUCCGAGCAGCAGUUGCAGCCUUGGCGGAUUUCAGCACCAGCAGUGGUGCUUGCAGCGAGGCGCGAGCGCUCCAGUCCCCUGUUGCUGCUGUAGCGACCACAGCACGCACAGCGGAGCAAGCGGCGAGCAGCUGUGUAGGGGUCGCUGGUGUGGAGCUUCCUGCACAACUGGCAGCGGCGCGUUGCUGCAGCAGCAGCAGCAGCAGCAGCAGCGAGCCGUUGGGGUGGUCUUGAAUGUGCCGACGCUCAUCGAAUCUCGCGGCGUCAAGUGCCUCAUCCUCGAUGCUCCGACAAACGAAAAUCUGCAGGCUUACUUGGAGCAGAUGGCGCAGGUGGGAGUCACGGAUUUGGUGAGGACGUGCCCUCCAACGUACGACGACGCGCCCGUCUUGAAGGCAGGCAUCCGCAUGCACGAUCUCACUUUUCCAGAUGGCGAAGCUCCUCCGAUCGAAGUAAUCUGCAGAUGGCGAACUCUGGCUUCUAGAGCCAGGGCAGAGGGGGGCGUCAUUGCGGUGCAUUGCGUCGCUGGACUGGGCAGGGGGCCUGUGCUGGUUGCUGUCUCUCUAAUUGACAGUGGUCUUGAUGCUGAUGAGGCUGUCAACUUCAUCCGAUCUCGCAGAAAAGGUGCUAUCAACCGUCGGCAGCUCGCGUUUCUUCACAGCUAUAGGCGCCAUGCGGUUGCCUCGCGGCGCUGCAUGCGACGUUGUGCCCUCAUGUGA